CCUUACUCGGAAAAUAAAGAAGUUGCGAAAUUACAGAAAACAUACAUGUUUUGUUUUUUUUUUGUUUUAUAGUGUGAAACUACCAAAAAAAUGUUCGGGAUAUUAAAUCUUGUGGCAAAUAGAAAGAAAUAUGCCGAGAAUUUUAGAAUUGGUAAAUUUUUUAGCCAAGAGACCGGAAAGACUAUUCAUGGCCAUACUCCCAACAACCUCGAGAAACGUUUUUUGGUAUGGAGCGGGAAAUAUAAGUCCAUUGAAGAAGUACCAUCUUUCGUUAGUAAUGAUGUAAUGGAGCGUUCCCGUAAUAAGGUCCGAAUUCGGGUGGCAAAUAUCAUGAUGGCGCUUACGGUAUUGGGUUGCUGCCUUAUGGUUUACAGUGGUAAACAAGCUGCAAAAAGUGGCGAUUCUGUAGUCAAACAAAAUCUCGAUUGGCACACAAAAUAUAAUGAAGAAUCAAAAAAAGCUUAGGUUUUCAGUAAUCAUGUUUGGUUUUAUGUAAUGAAAUAUAAUAAAUAAUCAAUUGUAAAUGUUUUAAAAUACAUAUUUACAUAAAGUAGUUAA